AUGGGCGGCCCCUGGAACAGCAGCAACAGCCCCCCGGUCGCGCGGGAGCCGCCCGGGCCGGGGAUGCAGCAGUGCGACGAGCGCCGCUGCUCCUUCUUCUCCCUGGGGGCGCUGGUGCCGGUGACGGCGGUGUGCCUGGGCCUGUUCGCCGUCGGGGUGAGCGGCAACGUGGUGACGGUGCUGCUGAUCCGGCGCUACCGGGACAUGCGGACCACCACCAACCUGUACCUGGGCAGCAUGGCCGUGUCCGACCUGCUCAUCCUGCUCGGCCUCCCUUUCGACCUGUACCGCCUCUGGCGCUCGCGGCCCUGGGUCUUCGGGCCGCUGCUCUGCCGCCUGUCGCUCUACGUGGGCGAGGGCUGCACCUAUGCCACGCUGCUGCACAUGACGGCUCUCAGCGUCGAGCGCUACCUCGCCAUCUGCCGCCCGCUCCGUGCCCGCGUCCUGGUCACCCGGCGCCGCGUCCGCGCGCUCAUCGCCGCGCUCUGGGCCGUGGCGCUGCUCUCAGCCGGGCCCUUUCUCUUUCUGAUGGGCGUCGAGCAGGAGGACCCGGACAUCUACGCGGUCCCGAGCUUUAAUGGCACCGCGCAGGUCACCCCCUGGCCCCCCGCCUCUCUUCCAGAGCCCUCGUGGGUGCCACCCAUGUCGCCACCGUCGGGGCCCAGGGCCGCGGCGGCCGCGGCGCUGUUCAGCCGCGAGUGCCGGCCGAGCCCGGCGCGGCUGGGCGCGCUGCGCAUCAUGCUAUGGGUCACCACUGCCUAUUUCUUCCUGCCCUUCCUGUGCCUCGGCGUCCUCUACGGGCUCAUCGGGCGGGAGCUGUGGAGGAACCGGGGGCCGCUGCGAGGCCCGGCCGCCUCCGGGCGGGAGAAGGGCCAUCGGCAGACUGUCCGCGUCCUGUUGGUGGUGGUGCUGGCAUUUGUGGUUUGCUGGUUGCCUUUCCACGUGGGCAGAAUCAUUUAUCUACAUACAGAAGAUACCCGAACGAUGUACAUCUCUCAGUACUUCAACAUAGUGGCUUUGCAACUUUUCUAUCUGAGUGCAUCCAUCAACCCAAUCCUCUACAACCUCAUUUCAAAGAAAUAUAGAGCAGCUGCCUAUAAACUGCUGCUUUCCAGACAGCCCAGACACAGAGGUUUCUGCGGAAGCAGGGACAGUGGAGAGGACCCUGCGGGGGACACUGCAGGAGACACACCCGGCUACACGGACUCCAGCGCUAACGCAAGGACAACAGCGUAACCAGCACGGCCACGCAAGUCACCAUGUCCCUCAAAUCUGGGAUGCCAGGGAAAACAGGUCUGUACAGAAACAGGAGAAAGAGGGGGUACAGAUCCUAAAUAAGAAGAAUGGGAAGAGUGGUUGAAACAUUGUGGGUUGGUUUAAAAAUUGUCAGCAUUUUUUUAACUAAGGUGUGAAAUGUAACUGUACCAAUCUUUCUCUUUCCCCUUUCAUGUCCUCCUAAGGAAUGUCUGUUUUAGCAUCCUUCAUGGUUGUGACAAGUAGCACAAAGUGUGCUGUGGGAGGUUUUAUAAGUCAUCAUUUUGCUAGUCUUUGGAAUAUGCUGUGAUUGCUCAGUUUACAGUUAAUGAGUGAUACAGAGAUAUGCAGCCAUAAAAAUCAUGAGGUCAGGGGUGUGUGUGUGUUAUGUUCUGGAUAUAAAUAUAAGGCUGCAUACACAAGGAACCCAGGAUAAUGAGAGUUUGGAUCCAAGAAAUUAUUUAAUGGCUAUAUAUGGCAGUAACAACAUUUAGAAGCAAGUAAAAGGAAUUCUGGAUAGACCCAAAGGUUCCACCCCUUUCUGGUUUUGGAGCAAAUUAUAGAGAUUGGGCACCAUCCCCCUUUCUCAGAAUUACUUCGCAUAAACAACUGUUGCAACCUAUUUCUUCCUGGUCCUUCCCCCGGGGACUUUCCUGGGGCCGAUGGCCAUGAGGUAGCAAACCCCAGAGCUGAAGCCUGCAGGUGGACCGCUCCUCACAGCUUGGCCUGCCAGUGUGACUGCUAAUGACAUUUGCAAGAAGCUGUAAUAGACCCAUCUGGCCUCGGCUGGGUGGGGUAAGCUUUGUCAUCGUUUCUGUUUUACUAGUGAUGAAACUGAAUCUCAGAUUUCCCCGAGGUCUCGAAAACAGGAGCUGGAGAGUCUGAGCCUGAACUCCAGGUUUUGGUUUCAGAUCCUUACAUACCCCCAUACCAAAUGCUGCUGUAACUGAAAAACACAAGAGUCCAUGGAUUUAGUCAAGCCUGUAAAAGAAUGUGUUGGACAUACCAAUGACUCAGUAUUUUCUUUUCUUUUUACAUUUUAAAACAUAAAUGUUUGUAGAGGGCUGCUGCUUUGUAGCGCAACUGCAAAGGGCCACUUUCAUACCAUAGUCUGUAUGAAUGGUGCCCCCUGGAGGUGAGCAGGGCACCACUUGAGCGAUUGUCACAGGCCCUGGUUUUCAGGUUAAGUUCAAAUCGAAAUUGCAGUAGAUUCUUGAUGUUUAUGAGGACUUUGUCCUGAGCUUUUCACGAAUCUUCAAAUUUGCAAAUACUACCAAAGCAUAACCAGAAAAAGAGAAAAAAAAAUUGCUGUCGAGUCAAUUCUGACUCAUGGCCACCCCGCUUGUGCAGUGUGCUGUGACCUUUCCUUCUUCUGAGGCACCUUUGGGUGGUUUUGAACCACCAAACUUUUGGUUAGUCAGCUGAGCACUUAACCUUUUGUGCCACCCAAGGACUCCUGGUGAAGCAGAAAAUCAAAUCAGUUGCUGGCUAGUCAGUUCCAACUCAUGGUGACCCCAUGUGUCACAGAGUAGAACUGCUCCAUAGGGUUUUCAAGGCUGUGACUUUUUGGAAGCAAAUCACUAGGCCUUUCUUCCGAGGUGCCUCUGGGUGAAUUUGAAUUGCCAACCUUUCAGCCAGCAGUCGAGCACUUAGCCAUUUGUGCCACAGAGGGACUCCUAGUGAAGCGUAAAAUGCUAUAAAAUAUAACUUCAUCAUAGUCACUGCCUUUACAAGGACAAAUAGAAGUAAAGUCACAAUGAGAUUUGGGAGCUGAAGGGCCAGCUAUGUUCACUCGCUGACUCAGUGUCUUUGCUUCACAGCUCACAGUCCGGGCCUCCGCAAGUUUCUACAUUACUUCCUGUCACACACAGACCACUGAGGUCUUUUUGGAUUAGCUAAAACUACAGAUGAUAAGUACAUAAACAAAGGUCUGUUAACAUGCUGACAGAGGUCUAUUGCUUUUUCAUUUUAUUAGCCAAAUACAGAUGAUUCACCCAAGUCCCCUGCAAGCAUCCUAAUCCCUUAUAUAGGCGUGAAGCCUCUGGUCUGCCAUUUUGUUUCUCCUACUUAGUGGAAGGAAGAAGCAGAUAUCAGUCACUUUGGGUGCGUUCCCUAAACUGUUCUGCAGAUUUUCAGAGAUUAGUUGAAAAAGGUCAAAUAUGGUAGGAAAACACUGCAUACUGUUCCCUGCUCCCCGAGAUCCACAACCCACAGUAACGUGUCAGGGGCUCUGAAAAGUUCUGCAGUGAAAAAGCUUUGUUCCACCCAGCAUUUCCUUGACUUAUUUUGUGGCAGAAUCACUCCCCACCUUGCAGACUGAAGAACACCUUUUGGGAACACUGAUGUACGGAUUCUCACGGUGGAGGUGCCAGCCUUACGUCACCGCCACUUCUCUGCUUGGUAGCACUAAGUAGGGAUGUGCUGGGGCCGAUGCCACGCACAGCCUUUCUGCUCACGGGAGUUCCUCUCCGGAGCAGUCAGAAGUUGCCUCCUCCUUGUGGAAGGUCAUGGUUAAGAACCUUCCAGGUAAUAGUGUAAUGUUUUAGAUAUAGAAGCAAAGACCUCUCCUUUGAGCCUUCUUGUUCAGAUUCUAUAAAAGGCAUGUCUGUUAUACUUUCCUGUGACCUAAGUUUGUUCCCAGGGGCAGGGGUGGGGAGGAUCACUCUUCCUUGGCCUUGGUGUCCCUGAGAUGGACAGUCUGAAGCCCAGCCCCACUGCAGGGCCACCAUGCGGGUUUCAAAAUGCCCAUUGGUGAUUGUGAAGUCGGUUAUUCUGUAAAGGGACGGAGCAGACAGGAGUGGAAUGAGACUACCAGUGUACCCUGUGUGGGAAGGGUAACUUGUGUUGUGAAGCUUGUGCUCUAACCAUAUAUUGGUUUGUGUCUUUUGGGAUCAAAAAAGUAAAAUGUGUACUUAUUUUGGGUCGUGGUCAAAGAAGUUUGGAAAACUGUCCUCAGAUGUACCUACCCCAGCAGAGUGGCCUUGUCCUGCACUGAGUGCUGGCUAUAGAAGUGGAGGUCCUCAGAGCAGGAGAAGAACAUGUGAAACAAAAUUCAAAUUCACACACAAGAGGACCAGACAUGCUGGUCUGACAGACUGGAGGGGUCCCCGAGACUGUGGCCCCCGGACACUCUGCUAGCCCAGAGCCGAAACCAUGUCUGAAGCCCACUUUUCAGACAAAGAUUAGACAGGCCUGUAAAACAAUAACAGACCCAAAGAAUGUGCUUCUUAGUUCAAUCAAGUAUAUGAGGCCAAAUGGGCGACACCUGCCAAAAAGCAGGGCGAGAAAGCAGGAAGGGACAGGAAUGGGAUGAAUGGACACAGGGAACCCGGGGUGGAAAGGGGGAGAGUGCUGUCACAUUGUGGGGAUUGCAACCAAUGUCACAAAACAAUGUGUAUUAAUUAAAGUUGAAUGAGAAAUCAA